AACAUUGUAAAACGCCUCUUUUGAUCCAAUCACAAAGCGUAGAGAUCCAAUGGACAACAACAACAACAACAACCAGCAACCACCACCACCUACCUCCGUCUACCCUCCCGCCUCCGCCUCAACCGCAAUCCCUCCUCCUCCUUCCGGAUCUACACCGAUAAUCCCCGGAGGUGGAGGAGGAGGAGGAGGAGGCUCGUACCACCACCUCCUCCAGCAACAGCUCCAACAGCUGCAGAUGUUCUGGAACUACCAGCGGAAAGAGAUCGAGCAGGUGAACGAUUUCAAGAACCACCAGCUCCCCCUCGCCCGCAUCAAGAAGAUCAUGAAAGCCGACGAGGACGUCCGCAUGAUCUCCGCCGAGGCCCCCAUCCUCUUCGCCAAGGCCUGCGAGCUCUUCAUCCUCGAGCUCACCAUCAGAUCCUGGCUCCACGCCGAGGAGAACAAGCGCCGCACCCUCCAGAAGAACGACAUCGCCGCCGCCAUCACCCGGACCGACAUCUUCGAUUUCCUCGUCGACAUCGUCCCCAGGGAGGAGAUCAAGGAGGAGGAGGACGCCGCUCUCGGCAGUCUCGUCGCCUCCGCCGCCGCGGGGGCUCCCGCCGUCAGCGGCGUUCCUUAUUACUACCCUCCCAUGGGUCAGCCGGCCGUUCCUGGUGGCAUGAUGAUGGGAAGGCCCGCCAUGGAUCCUACUGGUGUCUAUGCUCAGCCUCCUUCUCAGGCGUGGCAGAGCGUGUGGCAGAACUCAGGUGCAGGUGAUGACGUGUCUUACGGAAGCGGAGGGAGUAGCGGCGGCGGCGGCCAUGGAAAUCUCGAUAACCAAGGUUGAGAAGCUGAGAAAAGGAUUUCUUCAGAUGCUGCCUUUGUCUGAAAAGCAGAAGCUGAGAUUAAUCAUCAAACCACUGCCUUUAAUUUUGCAUGUGUCUGAUUCUUACUUUAUGUAUGUUUUGUGAUUUAAUGUCUUACUUGUAAGAAGAGAGAAGACAGCAACAGCAUAAACACUCUUUUCAUUCUCUUCUCCUGUUAACUUAUAAGGUUAUUGCAGCAAAACUGCAGGCUUGCUUAACUAUAUAAUUUAAAUGUGCAGAUUCUAAUU